AUGAUGGAAUGUGGUGAGAGGGAAAUGUGUGAGAGGGAAUGUGGUGAGAGGGAGUGUGGUGAGAGGGAAUGUGGUGAGAGGGAAUGUGGUGAGAGGGAGUGUGGUGAGAGGGAAUGUGGUGAGAGGGAAUGUGGUGAGAGGGAAUGUGGUGAGAGGGAAUGUGGUGAGAGGGAAUGUGGUGAGAGGGAAUGUGGUGAGAGGGAAUGUGGUGAGAGGGAAUGUGGUGAGAGGGAAUCGCAAGUCCUGCUGGACUGUCAGAAGGCGUGGAGCAAAACGUUUGACGGCUGGGUGGUUGCAACCCCAACCCCGCUCGCUUCCUCUCCUCCACUCCUACCCUUCCGCACCCUCCACCUCCCCGCCACCUCCCCGUCUUCCCCCCUCUCCCAGCUCCCACCUCUCUUUUGA